AUGCUGAGCACUCUGAAGAAAGGCUUGUCGAAGCUGCUGAUUCCAUACCACCCGCUGGCUGGGGAGGUGGUCACCAGCCCAGCCGGUGAACCAGAGAUCCACUGCAACAACCAUGGCGUCGAGUUCAUUGAAGCCUAUGCGGAUAUCGAGCUCUGCAACCUCGCUCUCCACCACCCAGAUGCUUACUUGGCUGGAAAGCUGCUACCCAUGAGGCCAACUGCAGUUCUGUGCCUUCAGGUAAACAGAAGGUUAACAGCUUACUUUAUGGCAAAAGGUGUGAAUGCUCAUCCAGUCCCACUUAGGGCUGUUCAUGAGCGAUAUGGACGAAUGAUUCAUUCUUGCAUCCAAGAUCACAGAGUUUCAGACGGCUACUCUGCCAUGGCCUCACUCCAAGCUAUUGAUAGCAGCAACGGCUCCAAGAAGACCAAGUUUGAGGCAUUUAGUGGCUGCUUGUGGAAGGCAGUGGCGAAGAGUGUUAGUGGUGGGGAAGCUUGCAAAUUAGGAGUGCUUGUAGAUGGACGGUUGACAUUGAUAGAUGAUGUGAGAUCAAAGGAUGCAAUGGCUAUAUAUUAUGGAAAUGUGGUGUCACUCCCUUAUAGUGAAUUAGAUGCCAAUGAGUUAACUACUAAGCCAUUGAGUUGGCCAGCUGACCAAGUACAUGAUUUUCUUAGGUCUAUAGUAACCCCAGGCCAUUUUCAAGGGUUUGUGGAUUGGAUAGAAGCCCAAAGGCCACACAUGAUCUUACCUACUUCCCUAUAUAAGGGCACAAUGGGAGGACCUUCAUUUGCAAUACCCUAUGGGAGGCUCUUCCAUUCCAACAAGCUAGAUUUUGGGUGGGGAAGGCCAAUUCUUGGCUCAUGUUAUUUCCCACGGUGUAUGGACUCUGGCUAUGUUAUGCCAAUGCCGAGCCCGGCCACCAACGGGGAUUGGGUUGUCUACAUGCAUCUCUGCAAGCACCAAUUAGAUAUAGCGGCAGCUGAGCUACGCGAUGUAUUGCACCCACUUAAUUUUGCGCUCCUCAAACUUCAUGAGCAGUAG